ACUCGUAUUUUUAUCUCAUUUUCUUUGGAUCUUUUGACUAACCAACUAUUCUUCAACUUUUGUUUUUGUAACUUUGUAGUCAGGAAGAGAUACUGGGUUACGAUAAAAGAAAAGCAAAGGGUUUUUUUUUUUUUAGUUUUCAAUUAGCAGGAAAUGGCAGUGUUAGGAAUUAUCUUUGCCUCCUUCUUCCUAUUCUCUCUUCAACCAUCGACAAGCGUUGAAAUUUGCCGUGUUUCAUGUGGGAUUCAAUUGAUUCGCUUCCCUUUCCGUCUCAACAACCAACCUGAUCGCUGUGGCUAUCCCAGGUUCAAUCUCUCAUGCAGAAACCAAGCCCAGCCUAUCCUUUCGCUUCCAUUUUCUGGUGACUUCAAUGUCGUAAACAUUGACUAUAUGUUCCAAAAUAUAUGGAUCAACGACCCAGAUUAUUGCGCCCCAAAACGUCUUCUUCAGGGACUUAAUCUAUCUGGUACUCCUUUUGAUUUGCUAUAUCCUCGAAGCUACACGUUUUUCAAUUGCUCCCCUGCAUCAAAAGAAUUACCUGAAGCAAGGUAUAUCUCUUGUCUUAGCGGCACAGAUUUUUCUGUCGUCGCUAUACCGGCUGACCUACUUGAUUUGUCUACAUCGUUAUCGACGUCGUGUUUGGAGAUAGCAACGGUUUUGGUUCCAUUUUCCUGGGCAGGUUGGUCGGAUCCUGGCAAUGGUAUCAGGUUGACAUGGAGUGAACCUAAUUGCCUGUGGUGCGAAAGCAGGGCAGGGACUUGCAUGUUCAAGAGUGAUACGGGCCUGGUUGUUGGAUGCUCCGGUGGUUUCAGCAAUGGUCUUUCAAAAGGUGCAAAAUACGGUAUAAUAUUUGGCGUCGGAAUACCCCUCUUGCUCAUCCUCGCCCUGGUAAUUUACCUCCGCGGCAAGGCCAACGAUUAUAGUUAUCAACAUUCCAACCCGGAAGUAUUGUCCAAUUCAGUCGCUUCCAGAUCAGAAACUGUUGCCAAAGGUCUGGAUGGACAAACCAUUGAGGCCUAUCCAGUAACAUUGCUUGGUGAAAGCCGGCGAUUACUAAGGCCAAAUGAUAACACUUGCUCAAUUUGUCUUUGUGAAUACCAAGCUAGAGAAAAUUUAAGGACUAUUCCAGAUUGCAAGCAUUAUUUUCAUGCCAUUUGUAUCGAUGAGUGGUUGAAAUUGAAUGCUGCAUGUCCAUUAUGUCGAAAUACCCUAGAGAAAUCUGCUUCCACUGUUUUAUCUUCUUCAUCUUCAUCACAGUAGUAGAUGAUUAAUUAAUUUAUAUAUUUUCAUUGUGCAGAAAUAGUCUUGUUUUAUAUCUCCAGUAUUCUAAAUAGAGGGAAUCAAUUAAAAAAAUAUGCUCAAACUGAGAUCAUUCCCUUGCAGCUUUACCUGUUAAUGCAAACGUUGUGCAUUGCUGGGUUCAUGCAACAGCAGUUUUUAACUAAUCAGAUGGGUUGAUACUCUUAAUUACUUGAUCAUUUAUGAAUUUCCACUUAAUUUGCAUGCAUAUUUAGGGCUUCCAAAAAGUGCUUAAUAUGGCUCACUUUUUGGUGUGGGGAUAACCCUCCUGUGCCUCAUCGGGAUUAUAAGUUGCCACA